AUGGGAGAGGAAGCCACGUCAGCGUUUCGGUGGCGGAACGAGGCGGGGAACGAGGAGGAUAUGCUGACGCACGGCCAGGGCUACUACCAAUGGCAGUGGCCCGUGGCGCGGCUGGGCGACAGCUGGCGCGGCAUGUUCAUGCGGGGCGAUGCCCUGUACGACAUCAAGAACACCCCUUCCUGCAAGGGCAUCCUCCCCGCGCGCGCCUACACCAACCUUCCGGUUCUCGGCCGCGACGCCAACGAAACAGAGCUCUCGCUGCUCGGCGCGCUGCAGCGCAAGCUGGAGAAGAACGAGACGGUACCUCAAGACUUGCUAGAUUCCGCGCCCAAGGAACGCUGGCUGGUGUUCGUGCCGCGGUUUGGCCUGGGGAACACCCUGCGCGGGUACAUUUCGACAUUUAUUUUCGCCUUGCUCUCGGGAAGGAGGCUUCUGCGCUGGCAUGGGGGGCCGCACAAGAAGGUGCUAAACAAUCUAUGUGACGCAUUCUAUUGUGGGAUAGACGAGUUGCACUAUAAUGGGGACAUCCGCAAGCAUGGAAGGCUUAUCGACGCCAUAACCCUGGAGGUUAUUUAUGGACUUGAAUACAGCCCAACCGUUGUGGCUGUCUAUUCAGGUUAUUUCUUUGACAAGUUCUGGCGCAAGAACCCCGAGAUCAACCAGUGUGUGCACGACGCCUUCGGCUGCACCUCCCUGUGGUGCAUCCGCGCCAAAGUGCUCUCUCUCCUCCUCGGCAACGGCCCCAGGCCGGGGGUGCAAGAGGUGGUUGAUAGGGACCUCAGGGUGGUGCCGCCGCUGGUGCCCCCGUUGGUGCUCCGAGGGGAAGAGGUGGGGAUGAAGGAGGGGGAGGUCACAGGAGGCAAGGGCCCCAGGCCAGGGGUGCAAGAGGUGGUUGAUAGGGACCUCAGGGUGGUGCCGCCGCUGGUGCUCCCAGGGGGACGGCUAGUGGAGAAAGGGGAGGGGCUCAGGUUGCAGUUUGAUGUGUCGAUUCACAUCCGCGGAUUCUCAAUAAAUGUGGAGGGUAUUCGCUGUGCCAAAGAGGACAGCGCAUGCCGGGAGCAAGCGCAGCAGGCGGAGUUGUCUCGAGCGCAUGACAUGAUGAGGCCCGGCCAGUGGCGCUGCAUUGCCCGCCUCUUGCAGUUCCUUCGCAUUAAGAAGGCCGCUGCAGGAGGCUUCACUGAUGCUACUGCUACAGCCGCUGCUGGCCAGCAAGCCAACGCUACAGCCGCUACAGCCGCUGCUGACCAGCAAACCAACGCUACAGCCGCUGCUGACCAACAAGCCAACGCUACAGCUGCUGGUGGCCAGCAAACCAACGACACAGCCGGUGCUGCUGACCAGCCAGCCGACGCUACAGCUGUUACAAUCACUGCUGGCCAGCAAGCCAAUGCUACAGCCGCUACAGCCGCUGCUGACCAAAAAGCCAACGAUACAGCCGGUGCUGACCAGCUAGCCAACGCUACAGCCGCUAAAAUCACUGCUGGCCUGAAAGCCAACUCUACAGCCGCUGCUGACCAUCAAGCCAACACUGCAGCCGCUAAAAUCACUGCUGACCAGCAAGCCAACGAUACAGCCGGUGCUGACCAGCUAGCCAACGCUACAGCCGUUACAAUCACUGCUGGCCAGCAAGCCAAUGCUACAGCCGCUACAGCCGCUGCUGACCAUCAAGCCAAUGCUACAGGUGCUGCUGACCAGCAAGCCAACGCUACAGAGACCAAUGGUGGGAAGCCGAAUGGUUUUGCAACUCGUGGUGCCGCCAACGCGUCCGGUGAGACAAGCAAAGCUUCAAUUAACCGACGGCGGCUCUUUGAGAAUGUACAGCAGAAUGUUAAAGUGCAAGCAGGGAUUCACUUGGAUAAGGCUAGCACGGGUCAUCUGGCAACGUUGGCUGAUUUUGUGCUUCUCAGCAAAGGGGCGGCGUUGGCAAGCUUUAACCGGUACAUCAGCACGUUUGCAUUAUUUGCGAGCAUGCUGGGUAAUGGGACACUUGUGGCUGAUCCUGCGCGCGAGCACACUUGUCGGUUCCUUGUGGAGCAUAUGGGAGAGUUAUGGCCUUGA